AUGGAAGGCUCCUUCUUUCCUAUUUUACACUCACGAGGAGGCUACUAUCGGGCUCAGAGGCUCUUAUCCCGGCAACACCGCCCUUUGAUCCAGCAGCAGAGGAAGCUAAUGCAAGAAGAUAGAGCGUUUCACGUGCCAUGCGCCGCUGUGCUGUGCGUCAUGCUUGCCGCUACCACUGCUGCUGCAGAGCCAGCCCACGGAUACAGGGCAGCAGUGGGAUCACAGGAGCACAGUGCAAUGGCUGCCGCACACGAGGCACCCGCCCCUUCCCCCUCCCCCUCCCCCGCCCCCGCCCCCGCCCCCGCCCCUCUCGGCCAAUCACUUCUCACCAGCUCAGCGAAAUGCCCCGGGAUAAUCAUAGACUAUCGCAUUCUCUCUCUCACGCCCAUCCCCUUUGCCGGAGCGCCUGCGUUCCGCUUCACCUGCAAGGUUACCCUCUAUAAUGUGGGCCCCAGGCCGCUCAGGAAAUGGGCGCUGUCGUUUGGGUAUGUGAAUCAGGAGGCGAUUGGAGAGGUGGACCGGGCGGUUGUUCCUGCGGGCGUGCAGCUGCCAGUAGCAGGCAACGGUCUCGAGCUCUCCAGUCCACCAGGGGCCGCAUUCCUGCUCACAGCCGUCCAAUCAGGUGGCCAGAAGCGGCGCUUCCAGCACGUGAUACAGCUGGCGGGCACAGAGGUCGCUGCCACGUCAGCAGCUGCUGCACUCCCCAGGACCAUCUCCCUUGAUGCCACUGGGUUUACCUGUAGCGACACACCCAUGGUUUCAGGUCGCAAUGACACGCUCCGUGUGUGCUGCCCCUCUACCGGCCCUUCUCAGGAGACGCAAGUGGCACCACUGCCGCUACCAACGCUACCCAUAUCCAGCCAGGGGCUGCAGAUCCAGUGGGACGUGCUGAGCGCCAAUGCGUCUCAGUACACGGUGGCGGUGCGAGUGAGCAACACGCAGCGCUACACGGCAGUCAGCAGCAACCCCGGGUGGUCCUUGCAGUGGGCGUGGCAGAUGGGCGAAAUGAUCCUGGAGUGCGAUGGGUGCCAGACACUAAGGCAAGGAGCCAUGUUUCACUCGAGUCACUUCUUGCUCCGGUUCUCCUCCUUCCUUCCUUCCUUCUUUACCCCUUUCCCUUCCCUUCUUCACCCGCUUCCGCUUUCCCCCCUUCUUCCCUUCUUUCUCCACUUCCUUUCCCUUCUCCCCGUCAUCUGUUUCCCCAACCCCCGCCACCCCAGCCUGAACGGAUCACUGUCCGCAGCAGCGUAUGACAACUCCGCCUCCACGACUUUCACCAUGCUUCUGGCCAAGGCGCAGCAGUACUGGGACCCCUCGCUGCUCACCUUCCCUGCCAACUUCACAGCGCAAGUGUCGAACCAGUCACAGGGAUUCGCUUGUGACCCCCCUGCUGCGCUCUCCCCUGCGGCGCUUGAGACUGUGGUGGGCGGCAGACAAACCAUGAACGCCAAAGCCUCUUACGUGGUGACAUGUGGCACAGUGGCGGGAAACGGGCCUCUUCCAACCUGCUCCGUGUCAGCAUCUGCCUUCUUCAACACCUCGCUCGCCCCCAGCCCCUCCUGCGCCUGCGGCUGCUCUUCCUCCAACACCAGCCAGGGCGGCGGCCAAUGCGACGCCGCCACGUCUUCGAGUGCGGACCCCGCUGCAACCGUGCUAUUGGGCGAGGACCUGGCAGGGCUGGUGGUGCCGGGGCAGAGCGAGGGGAGCUGUGGCACUGGCUGUGGUAUUCAGGCACACGUGACUGUAUCAGAUGCGGACGAAACAGGCUGGACCAUGCGCGUGGCGCUCUGGAACAGUGCACAGCCCACGAUCAAGAACUGGACGGCAGUCUUGGCGUUUCCCCAGGGCUUUGCAGAAAACCUCCAGGAAGCUUCCUCAGUGGUGGCUCAAUUCGACUCCCCACCAUACGGUGACAACCUAAUGUUAUCAGGAGAGCCCAGUGUGAACCAGUGGCUGCUAGGAGACGGAGGCAACGUGCAGUGGACUCUCCGCUUCAACCGAACACCCAACACAGCCGGGUUCAACGCCACGGGCGGGGACACUGUUGCCAUCAGCUCUUCUGUCUUCCCAUUGGCUGUGCUUGUGGGCGGCCAACAGUGCCAGAUGCCGGCCUUUUUGCCGACCGCUAAGGCUGCAGGGACAGCCUUGGGGGUUUUCUAG